AUUCGGUUAACCAUAGUUUGCUUUAUUGCUAAUUAUUAUUUUGUCCACCUUGUUGAGAGUACUUUUGCAAAGGGCUGGUUCAUUGAAAUAUGCUGCCGCGACUUUCCGCCUUUGGGACGUCAUCUUAAGCAGCUUGAACCGAUUAUUACUUACAAUUAGGGUCACCACCUGGCUCUCCGCCUUUCUAUUAUGCAUUAGGCCGAUGCGAUAUUUGUCUACCUAGUCCGUUCAGUUUUUGGAUGAUAAUCUACCAAGUUAUCAUUCUCGGAAGAUGUGCUCAUCAUAUAAUUCUGAAAAGCAACUCAAGUAUCGACUAAGUCGGUAUACUCAUAAGCAUCUGAAAGAGCUGAAGUUGACCGACUUAGAUGGUGAUCAGAGGAACCAAGUUGAGUUUGCGGUGGACUUGGUUCGGAUUUGCAAGUCUUUGAAGAAAUUAAGCAUCAAAUUUAAACCUAAACAACAGGAUACUACGGAUGAUAUUCCUCAAACUCAAAAGCUAUUGUUGGAACUACUCAAAGUACCGGCUAGAGCCCAACUGUCACAAUCAAGGAUUAGGGUGGCAAUCAAUAAUCUGGUUUCUGGACUGGAAGAGAGAACCCAAUGUAAACUUUUUGUUGGAGUUAUUUUCAAUAUGUUGUAGGGACACAAUUAAUAUGUUGUGACUAUUGGGUG